GAGGACUAUUACCUUUCCAAAAGCAUUCUAGUCUCGCUACUUUAAAUCUUCAAUUGAAUCGGCCAUCGACACAAUGCCUCUUACCGGCAGCUGCAUGUGUGGCGCCAUCGCUUACAAGAGCACCACUGACCCCGAUGUUACUGCUCUAUGCCAUUGCACCGACUGUCAAAAAUGGACUGGCGGUGCCUUUACUUCCAACGCUGUAGUCCCUGAGGAAUCCUUCAGCAUUACCAAGGGUACCCCCAAGCAAUACGACGUCACAGGCGCUUCUGGCAAGAUUAAUCAUCACUUCUUCUGUGGUGAUUGCGGUUCAAGCCUGUACACUCGCCUUGACAUUAUGGAGGGCAAGAUCAUUAUCAAGGCCGGUGGUCUUGACGAGGGCAAGGCUAACCUGGACAACAAGAUUGGUGUCGAGUUUUACACCCGUGAUCGUGUUCCGUACAUUCAGCCUGCUCAGGGAGCAAAGCAAGAACAGAUGUUUGGUUAAGCCGCGAGUCUUCGCUUACUAGAUUAGUAGAUAGAUAGUUGGUAUAAAUAAAUAGCAUACUUUUACGA